UGCUGUGCCCAUCCCAACGCUGGGUCUCCCACAGGCAGGAUUCCCACCUGGCUGCGAGGAAGCCUCCUGAGAUGUGGUCCUGGCUUGUUUGAGGUGGGCUCAGAGCCCUUCUACCACCUCUUUGAUGGCCAGGCACUGCUCCACAAGUUCGACUUCAAGGAGGGGCACGUCACCUACCACCGAAGGUUUGUCCGGACUGACGCCUACGUGCGAGCCAUGACGGAGAAGAGGAUCGUGAUAACAGAGUUUGGUACCUACGCCUACCCAGACCCCUGCAAGAACAUCUUCUCCAGGUUUUUCUCCUACUUCAAAGGUGUGGAGGUGACGGAUAACGCCCUGGUGAAUGUCUACCCUGUGGGUGAGGAUUACUACGCCUGUACUGAGACCAACUUCAUCACCAGGAUCAACCCAGACACCCUGGAGACCAUCAAGCAGGUGGAUCUCUGUAAAUACGUGUCUGUCAAUGGGGCAACAGCUCAUCCCCACAUUGAGAAUGAUGGCACCGUUUACAACAUUGGCAAUUGCUUUGGGAAAAACUUUGCCCUGGCCUACAACAUCAUCCGGAUUCCUCCUCUGCAGGCAGACAAGGAAGACCCCAUAAACAAGUCCGAGGUGGUGGUGCAGUUCCCCUGCAGUGACAGGUUUAAGCCCUCCUAUGUCCACAGCUUUGGGCUGACCCCAAAUUACAUCGUGUUUGUGGAGACCCCAGUGAAAAUCAACCUCCUCAAGUUCCUCUCCUCCUGGAGCCUGUGGGGAGCCAACUACAUGGACUGCUUUGAGUCCAACGAGACCAUGGGGGUGUGGCUUCACGUGGCAGAGAAGAAGAAAGGCAGGCUCCUCAACCUCAAGUACCGCACCUCGGCCUUCAACCUCUUCCACCACAUCAACACCUACGAGGACAACGGGUUCCUGAUCGUGGACCUGUGCACCUGGAAGGGGUUUGAGUUUGUCUACAACUACCUGUACCUGGCCAACCUCCGGGCCAACUGGGACGAGGUGAAGCGGCAGGCGGAGAAGGCGCCGCAGCCCGAGGCCCGCAGAUACGUCCUGCCCCUGAGCAUCGACAAGGCUGACACAGGGAAGAACCUGGUCACCCUGCCCUACACAACAGCCACAGCGACCCUGCGCAGUGAUGAGACCAUCUGGCUGGAGCCAGAGGUGAUUUUCUCAGGGCCACGUCAUGCCUUUGAAUUCCCCCAGAUCAACUACAGGAAGUACGGAGGGAAGCCGUACACGUACACCUACGGGCUGGGGCUGAACCACUUUGUCCCAGACAGGCUUUGCAAGCUGAACGUGAAAACCAAGGAGACCUGGGUGUGGCAGGAGCCGGAUGCGUACCCGUCGGAGCCGAUCUUUGUUUCCCACCCGGAUGCGCUGGAGGAAGAUGAUGGGGUGGUGCUGAGCAUCGUGAUCAGCCCGGGGGCGGGGCCCAAGCCCGCCUACCUCCUCAUCCUCAGCGCCAAAGACAUGAGCGAGGUGGCCAGGGCCGAGGUGGAGGUGAACAUUCCCGUGACAUUCCAUGGGCUCUUCAAGAGAGCGUGAACA